UUCCCCCGUCCAUCGAAAACACACUUCUUCUAUGCAUAAACCUCUCCAGAGUGCGGGCGUCAUAGCUGCCGAUUUUUCCAUGAACCAACCAUGAAUCCACGUUUUAGCUUAGCUAUCAGAGUUUGGCCCUCCGAACAUGGUCAAGGCUGAUUGUUCCCAGAGUUCUGGGCUCGACUAUAGUUUCUCCCGGGGCACAUCAUCACAAGUAUGACGUUCUGCGGCAAGUAUAUACGAGAAGCUCCCCUCCAGUGACAUCUCCGCGGAGGAUUGUUCCUACUAAUCACAAUAACAUGCUGUGGAUGCACUACUGGCUCUCACACGUUGAGUCGGAGGCAAGUUUGGCAGCGUCCUUCCGAAUAAAAGACUGAUCAUCUACGGGGAGACUAUGACUUGCCCCGCACCGAGCCGACCCCGCCGACCUACCCCGCCGGUUUGCCCACAUUUCCCGGUCGCCGAUGCGAGAUGUCUGACAAGGAGGGGGCGGCCCCCCCGCCGGAAGGCGUAGUGCCAGAUUUUCAGCACCCGCAAGAUGUAUUGCAUACGAUCAAUUUGGUGUCGCAAAUUCUUUCGAUUGUGUCCGUCAGUAUCUUUAUGAUGCUGCGCAUUUAUGCGAAAACGCUCAUCGCGCCGCCAUUCUAUUUGGAUGAUUGGAUGGCAGUUGUCCCCUGGAUACUGUCGAUCGGCUACAGUUCGACGGGGCUCGUGAUGCAUCGUUAUGAAGGUGGUUUCCACCUCUAUGAAAUCUCAAAGGACAAUUUCGUUGGGUUCUUGAAGGGGUUAUACGCGGACACGCUUGUCUACGGCCCAAAUUCCUAUUUCACGAAACUCGCGUUGCUGCCCAUCGUGAUCAGAGUCUUCAGGCUGAACAAGAAGACCAUAAUCGGCACAUACGCCGUCAUAGUGUUCAUGACUGGAUAUUAUGUGCCGGUCCUUUUUCUCAAAACGUUCAUCCGCCAUCCAAUUGCAGGCUACUGGGACUCCACGCUCAACGCUACCUGCUUGAACCAGCGGGCAAUCUUUGUUGCAGAUACUGCCAUAAGCGCCAUCACGGACACUGCGGUAUUAUGUCUUCCGAUACCAGUGGCUUUGAGUCUGCGAAUGUCAUGGACAAAACGACUAAAGGUUAUUGUCGGAACGGCAAGGCUGAUAAGGAGCAAUGGGCAGGUAUCGUGGGCUGGCUGGCGCCUGCCCUGGGCGAAGUGGGACAACCGGCUUAGUCAUCACGGCCGGUUAAGGUGGGGCAACCACCCAGGCCGUCUCCACCUACUUCGAUCGGCCCCUGCCCACAAUGUAAAUAGGAAGAACAACAACAGCAAUUAUCACGGACAUCGACGUGAUUGUUGCCGAAGAUACACCCUCAUGAGGAAAUGUAUCACGCCUGUGAUACCAACAGUUAUCCUCAUGCUCAGCGCAGGGGGCGUCGCUACCGCAGCUAGCAUUGUUCGGAUGAUUCUCGUGAUUCAACUGCAAAAGUCCGAUGAUGAACCCGUUGACUUCAUCCGUUUCAAUCUACUUGGGACUGCGGAAGUGAGCAUAGGCAUGAUCUGCGCCUGUCUUCCAGCAAUCAACAUCUUGUUCAUGCGCGGAUUUAGCGGUUCGGCAGAAGCGAGUCGCAACACCGGCCAAAGCAGCAAAAAGUACUUUGAGCUCAAAUUUCUCAUGGGCAGCAAGCUGCAAACGCAAAAUUUAACGGCAGUCAAUACCACCGGGACGACUGGGCCUGUGCUUGGAUUCCAUAUUUCCUAUCGAAAGAAUGAGCCGAGUAACCUUGGCCGGACAAGGAGACGUGGAAAGAGGCAUUUGGUCGGAUGA